AUGGCUGAUGGGAAGCCAUUAGAUCGCCUGGCGAAGAGCAGCUGCGAGGUGCCAGCGCCCCCAGAGGCGAAGAAAAAGAAGAAAUCCAAAGGCAAGAAGGGCUUCAAUGAGGAGGAGGAUCUGGAACGACAGAAGCAUGAUUUGGGGCUUUUGUUCAACAACCCGGCCGAUCGCGCCAAAGUGCGGAAGAAACGGGCCUCGGAGAUCACUCAAGACUUGCAGCUGGAGCCAGAAGUCCAGGAGAUCUUGGAGACCUUGAGGUCUGAUCCCGCCUGGCGCGAGGAGGGUGAGGCAGAGGGACAAGCUGGACACCUGCAACUGCAGGAGGCGGUGAAGCUGCUCUCCGCUCAGCUCUCUGAGCGUGCGCGGCAAGUGACGGCAGCGGAGGAGGCCUCAGGCGGGCUGCGGAAGAAGUUGGAACUGAUGAGUUCGGAGCGACAGCAGCUGGAACGAGAGAAGGCAGAGGCAGUGCAGAAGAUGGAGGAAAUGGAGCUUGAGAUGUUGAAGAAGAAACAGGAAGAUGGGAAAGAUAAGCAUAGUGCUUCCGGUGCUCCUGACCUCGAGAAGCUAUUGAAGGAUGCUUUGGUGCACGGCGCUAAGCUGAGCCGAGCCAAGAAAGACUUGGAGGAGCAACGCCUGGAGCUCCGCGCGGAAGUGCAGCAUCUGCAGCGCCGGGUGGCCACGCUGUCCGAGGAUCAGGCACAACACCUGCAGCAGAAAGCGCGGCAGAAGGAGCGCUUGGAGAAGCUGAAGGCCAAGAUUGAGCAGAAACAGGAGGAGGUGGAUGAGUUGGAAACGGCUGUGGAGGAUGCGGAGGAGCGGGCCGAUCAAUUGGAGACACGCAUGGCCGAGUAUUUGCACAGACAGACUAGCGGCGCAAACGCGGUCUUGGAGGCGCAUUUGGCGCAUGUCGUGAAAGGUGGUCAGCAGUUGCAGGCGAAAGUCGAGGAACAAGAAGAGAUCAUUGAGGUUCUCCGGCGCUUAUUGCAGGAUCACAAGGACUUCAUCCGCGAGCAGCUGGGCUCCGAGCUCCGCCUCCCAGAGGGCGCCGGCCAGGGCGACGUGGAGGUGGUGACGCGGAUGUGA